AUGGUCAUGAGUCUGUUUUUCUUUUAUUCAUUUCUGUGUUUUGUGUUGCUAAUAAGUGAAUGCUUUUCUUCUUCCUUUGAGCAUCAUCUUUGCUCUCCAACUGAAGCUUCUGCUUUGCUUCAGUUUAAGCAAUCCUUUCAGUACAUUAGUUAUUGGUGUCGUGAAGCUUAUUUCCCAAAAACAAAGUCUUGGAAUGAGAGUAGGGAUUGCUGCAGUUGGGAUGGAGUCACUUGUGACUUAUUAAACGGUCAUGUUAUCGGGUUAGACCUUAGUUGUAGUCAACUUGGUGGCAGUAUUCAUCCCAAUAGCACCCUCUUCCAACUUCAUCAUCUCAAGACACUAAACCUUGCUUACAAUUACUUCAGUUGGUCUUCAAUCCCACAUAACAUUGGCCGAUUGACGAAUUUGAGGCAUCUCAACCUUUCUAAUUCUUUAUUUGAUGGGAAAAUCCCAACAGAAAUCUCAUACCUUAACAAUUUGGUUUCACUUGAUCUUUCUUAUGGUUAUGCAUUACAACUUGAUGAGAGAACAUUUGAAGCAAUGUUUCAGAACUUCACAAAUCUGGAGAUACUUUCUCUCUUUGAAGUCAACAUCUCAUCUCCGAUACCUGUGAAUAUCUCUUCUUCCUCCUUAAGGUACCUGGAUCUUGAAGAUACUAAUCUGCGAGGUGUUCUCACAGAGAUCUUUUUCCUUCCGUCAAACAGCUUGGAAACGCUCAAAUUGAGUGAUAAUGAUCUUCUCAAAGGUAAGCUGCCUGAUUCAAUUGGCACCUUCAGUUCCUUGAAUAUCUUGAACCUCCAUAGAUGUCAAUUCUUGGGUUCCAUUCCUGAUUCCAUAGGCAACCUAACACAAAUUAGGGAGUUGGAUUUAUCUAAUAAUCAUUUCACUGGCCAUAUUCCUUCCACAAUCUCUAAAUUGAAGCACCUCACAAGUUUGGAUCUUUCUGACAACUCCUUUUCAGGUGAAAUUUCUGAUGUUUUCUCUAACCUCAAAGAGCUACGUUAUUUACUUCUUUCUUCCAACUCCUUUUCAGGUGAAAUUCCUGAUGUUUUCUCUAACCUCCAAGAGCUAUAUUCUUUAGAUCUUUCUGAAAACAGCUUCAACGGUUCGUUUCCCGCUUUAAUUUUAAGUUUGACACAUCUUGAAUACUUAAGAUUGUCGAGUAAUUCCAUUUCUGGCCCACUGCCUAGCAACCAAAGCAUUCAAAAGCUAACUUCUGUGGAUUUGUCAUACAACUCACUGAAUGGUACCAUACCAUCUUGGGUGUUUAGCCUACCUUUGCUAUCUUCAGUGUCGCUCCAACAUAACCGAUUCAGAGGUCUAGCCGAUGAAGUGAUCAAAACAAACCCAACAUUAAGAGAACUGCAUUUAAGCAAUAAUCAACUCAGUGGUUCUUUUCCUCAAUCACUUGUGAAUCUCACAAACCUUGAAAUCCUUGGAAUUUCAUCAAAUAACAUCACCAUUGAUGAGGGAAUGAAUAUCACCUUUCUUAGCCUAUCAUCUUUAUUCUUAAUCAUCUUACACUUGUGUACUUGGAUAUUUCUAACAAUAAGAUUCGUGGUCCAAAUUCCUGACUGGUUUAGCGGCAUGAGGUGGGACUCGUUGCAGUUCCUAAACCUUUCUCAUAAUUCUUUAACAGGCCACCUACCACAAUUUCGUUACCAUAACCUACGGUAUCUUGAUCUGAAAUUUAACUCCCUUCAGGGUCCACUACCUUCAUCCAUUUGUAACAUGGGUUCGCUUAUCUUAUUAGAUUUAUCACGCAACAACUUCAGUGACUCAGUUCCACAUUGCUUGGGAAGCAUGGCUAGUCUUAAGGUGCUAGACUUAAGAAGGAACAAUUUCACAGGGAGUCUUCCCCCAUUAUGUGCACACAGCACUACAUUGAGUACCAUUGUCAUAAAUGGUAAUCGAUUUGAAGGACAUGUUCCUGUGUCGUUGCUCAAUUGUAAUGGUCUACAAGUCCUUGAUGUGGGGAACAAUGCUAUAAAUGACACGUUUCCAGCUUGGUUCGGAACUCUUCAAGAGCUGCAGGUCCUUAUAUUAAAGUCGAACAAAUUCCAUGGACCUAUAAGUAUAUGUCAAACUAAGUUUUGCUUUUCCAAGUUGCGAAUUUUUGAUCUUUCGCAUAAUGAUUUCAGUGGCUCACUUCCUGCAAAUGUUUUUGGAAACUUCAAGGCAAUGAUCAAAUUAGAUGGCGAAGACACAGGAAAUAUCAAGUACAUGGAAUCUAUGUUGAAUUCGCUAUUGGUCACAUCGUAUGAGGAUUCAGUGAGUUUGGUAAUCAAAGGGCACGAUAUUGAGCUAGAAAGAAUCAGCACAAUUAUGACAACCAUAGAUCUCUCACGCAACCAUUUUGAAGGUGUCAUUCCGGAAACACUAAAGGAUCUCAGCUCACUUUGGUUACUCAAUUUAUCCAGUAACAAUCUCAGAGGCGAUAUUCCAAUGAAACUAGGACUAUUGAGUAUGCUUGAAGCUUUAGAUCUCUCUUGGAAUCGGCUCAUUGGAAAGAUUCCACAGGAAUUAACAAGAAUGAACUUUCUAGCCUUCUUAAACCUCUCUCAAAAUCAUCUCGUCGGACCAAUUCCUCAAGGUCGACAAUUCAACACAUUUGAAAAUGACUCGUAUGGUGGCAACCUUGAUUUAUGUGGUCGUCCUUUAACAAAGCAAUGUGAAACGAGUGAUUCAUCGCAUGUUCCUCAACAAUUGGAGUCCGAAGAAGAAGGCGAGUCAUAUUUUUUUAGUGGAUUUACGUGGGAAUCAGUAGUCAUAGGCUACAGUUUUGGACUAGUUGUUGGAACUGUCAUGUGGAGUCUUAUGUAUAAAUAUCGUAAGCCAAAAUGGUUUGUGGAAUUUUUCGAUGGACUCAUGCCUCACAAAAGAAGAAGGCCAAAGAAGAGAGCUCAGAGACGACAGACUUAAUGGAAGAUUGAGAGGGCCAACUUGUCUUUGUUUGAUUUUGUGGACUAAUUAGUGAACUUUUCUGGUUCUGUUUUUGUAUUUUCAAUUUUCUGUUUGUUGUUUAUAUAUGUUUGAUAGAAACAUAAUUAUAUGUGUGUUAUUUUAAUAUCAAUAGUUAUUCAAGUUA